AUGGAGGAUGCCAUUCCAGAAAUCAUUGCGAGCAGCAAAAGACCCAAAACCCAAGACUCAAAACCCAAGACCCAAACCCAAGACCCCCAUGCUGACAACUUCCCUGAUGGCAAAGCCCUGCAGAAACCUGUCGUGUCACCGGACGGCAAGUUUCUGGCCGUGAUCGCUGCAGACGCAGACGAAAGCAUCUACUUGAUCAACCUGGCCGAGGCGGCCCACGGUCGAAGACACCGAUACAUCACCGCCGUCAAGGUCAAAGUGUCGAAGUCGACGUCGACGUCGACACGGCCAUUCCUGAAGGAAUGCAGUAUUCUGCGCUGGUCACCGGAGACCAUGACCUCGUCUGACGAGGCCAGUGCGGAAGUGCGGUCUAAGACCAACACCAACACCAAUAUCAACACGAACACGACAUCUAGGAGCAACGUCGGCACGACAUGGACGUGGAUGUUACUCUCGAACGGCAGCCGCGUGGUGGCCGUGAGCACCGACCUUCCAGGUCCCAGUCCCAGUCCGAUGCUGUCGAGAGGUGGCCAUGACGAGACGACCAUGACGAUGACCAAGCCCGACAUCCUCGCCGACUACGAGUUAGGCACGCAGUACGGCAAGCUCAGCCUGGUAGAGUAUGUCUUCGACCAUCGGCAUGCGUUGGUCAUGUUUGAGUUCGGCACGACGGCCGCGAUUCUAAGUCUGGUCAAGCCGCAGCGCGACGAGAUUGCGCACGUCAAGUUCUCCGAUUCGAGGAGUUUUGCCGCCUCCCCAGACGCCAGGUACUUUGCACUGCUGCGCCGGGAUAGGAGUCAAGACAGAGUCAGUGUGUUCGGGCUGGAAGAGGAGGGGAACUACGACAACAAUGACAGCACCAGCACCAGCAACAAGUACAAAUACAACAAGAACAACAACCACAACAGCAGAAUCACCUACAAAUCAUUCGACGUUCCGACCCUCGACGCCCAGAACUUGACCUGGUGUCCUUCUGGAGGAAACCCUCUCCUGGCUGUCUGCGACUCGCCCGCAUACGGGGCCCGCAUCUGCUUCUUCACGGCGCAAGGCCACGCUCUGAGACAGCUGGACAUUUCCUCGGCGACGCUCGGGCCCGACCUCGACUCUCCAUUCACCAAGGGGGCUCUUCGUCUGAACAUGGAAGGCGUGGGCGUCACGUUCUGGAAGUGGUCGAAAGCGAAAGCCACAGCCACAGCAACAGCAACAGUAACAGCGAAAGCCACAAUCGACAGCCCGAUCCAGACCCGAAUCCACCAAACCAUCCAAGCCGUCGCAGAUGGGCGGAAGCGCGUGCUGGUGCGGUCGCUGCCUGCGGGAAGCAUGGUCACCCAGCCACUGGCCAGCUUCAGCCACCCGGAGCUGGUUGACGGAUCGCAUGCAUUCGUGUGGCAAGAGCAAGAGCAUGAGCAAGGGCAAGAAGGCCGACGAGUCGAUUCGACCAGGCCCGGGCCGGCAUCUAUCCGGUCUAGUAGAUCGUCGGCCCCGGAAUUCACGCGGCAUACAGGUAUUUUCGAGGUCACACAACCACAGUCGCAGUCACAGCCUGACACGGCACAGUCGAGAGCCGAUCAGGCGAGGGAUAGCCAGGUGGACAUGGUCGCCAUCAACUCUGACCAGACGGUGGUCGUCACCCGCCUUCGCUCGGCCCCUCGCACACUGUUCUUGUGGAAGCUAGCACACCCACACUCACACCUUCACACCGUCUUGAUCUUCAGCCAUGCUGUCCGCCAGACCCUAUGGCACCCUUGGCUUCCCGACGUGCUUCUGAUAGUGACGGCGCGCAAGAGCCCGCGGGUCUAUGUAUGGUGCAGGGAGACGCUUCCGCCCAUCAGCGGUCUGAUUCCGCUCGACACAAGCAAGUCGACGAACUUUUCCGGCUGUUGGCUGCCACAGUGUUUGUGUGAUGACAGUAGCAAAAGCGGGAAAAGCAAAGACGACGACAGGAGCAAAAGCGGGAAUAGCAAAGACGACGACAGCAACAUAAGCGAAAAUAAAGACGAUUACGGGAGCAGAAGCGGAAAUAGCGACGACAGGCGCAAAAGCGGAAAUAGGAAAGACGACGAGAACGACAACGACAACAACAAACCCAACCUCAAGCCAUGUCCGUUCCUAAUGUCCUCGUCCUCCUGCUUCAAUGCAGGGACCUUAGCCAGUGUGGACGGGCAGGUUGUGUUUGAGAGCAUUCUCGAUCCUCCUGAGCCAGACAGGGACACUGACAGGGAGAAGGACACUGACAUUGAGAUUUCGUCUCCCUUCGGGAACGGCGUCGGAGUCGGAUACGGAUACAGAACUGGUGACGAUGACGAUGAGGACACGACCGACAAGUUGAUUGAUACUCCUAGUCGGGGUGGUAGGGCGGGAGUGAGAGGGGGAGUGGGAGCAGGACUAGGAUUGGGACUAGGCCACAAGCAUAAGCAGGCUCUGUUCGAUGGUGAUGGUGCUGAUGGUGGUGUCCAGCCCAAUUCGCGCACCGGUCCUGACGAUCCGGAGCAUGUACAACAGGCAAGAUAUUGGAGGUGGUAA